AUGAUCAAGAGACACUUAAGUGUGGGUCAGCAAACAUGGGCUCUCCUCUGCAAGAAUUUUCUGAAGAAAUGGAGGAUGAAGAGAGAGACCUUGUUGGAAUGGUUUUUCUCGUUUCUUCUAGUAUUGCUUGCAUACCGACUUUCCUCCAAUUUACAUCAAGUUAAUGACUUUCCUCAAUUGCCUGCAAUGAAUCUGGGACGUGUAGAUAAUUUUAAUGACUCUAAUUAUGUGAUUGCAUUUGCCCCUGAAUCCAAAACAACCCAGGAGAUCAUGGAAAAAGUGGCUUCAGCCCCAUUCAUGAAAGGAAGAAGAAUCAUGGGGUGGCCAGAUGAGAAAAGCAUGGAUGAUUUGGAUUUAAACUACUCUAUAGAUGCAGUAAAAGUCAUCUUUAAUGAUACAUUCUCAUAUCAUCUGAAGUUUGUCUGGAGAGGGAGAAUCCCCAAGAUGAAGGAACACAGAGACCAUUCAGCUCAUUGUCAAGUAAUGGAUGAAAAAAUCACAUGUGAAGGUUCCAUGUUCUGGGAGAAAGGUUUUGUAGCUUUUCAAGCUGCCAUUAAUGCUGCUAUUAUAGAAAUCACAACAAAUCAUUCAGUGAUGGAAGAGCUGAUGUCAAUCACUGGUAUAAACAUGAAGAUAUUACCUUUUGUUGCCCAAGCAGGAGUUGCAACUGAUUUUUUCAUAUUCUUCUGCAUUAUUUCUUUUUCCACAUUCAUUUACUAUUUAUCAGUCAAUGUUACACAAGAAAGACAAUACAUUAAGUCAUUGAUGAUAAUGAUGGGCCUUCGAGAGUCAUCAUUCUGGCUCUCCUGGGGUUUGAUGUAUGCUGGCUUCAUCUUUAUUGUGGCUACUUUGAUGGCUCUUAUUACAAAAUCUGCCCAAGUUGUCGUCCUAACUGGCUUCAUGGUGGUCUUCACUCUCUUUCUCCUCUAUGGCCUGUCUUUGAUAACUUUAGCUUUCCUGAUGAGCGUGUUGAUAAAGAAACCUUUCCUUACUGGGUUGGUUGUCUUUCUCCUUACUGUCUUUUGGGGGAGUCUGGGAUUCACUGCAUUGUACAGACAUCUUCCUGCAUUUUUGGAAUGGACCUUAUGUCUUCUUAGCCCUUUUGCUUUCACUGCUGGAAUGGCCCAGCUUAUACAUUUGGACUAUGAUGUGAAUUCUAACAUCCAUUUGGAUUCUUCCGACAACCCAUACCUAAUAAUAGCUACUCUUUUCAUGUUGGUUUUUGAUGGUCUUCUGUAUUUGGCUUUGACAUUAUAUUUUGACAAAAUUUUGCCCACUGAAUAUGGACAUCGACGUUCUCCUCGGUUUUUCCUGAAUUCCUCUUCUUGGUUUCAACACCAAAGGGCUGAUCAUGUGGCCCUUGAGAAUGAAAUAGAUUCAAAUUCUUCAUCCAAUGACUCUUUUGAACCGGUGUCUCCAGAAUUCCAUGGGAGAGAAGCCAUCAGAAUAAGAAAUCUUAAGAAAGAAUAUAGAAAAGGAAAACAUGAAAAAGUAGAAGCCUUGAAAGGUCUGGUAUUUGACAUAUACGAAGGCCAGAUCACUGCCCUCCUUGGUCACAGUGGAGCUGGGAAAACCACCCUGUUGAACAUGCUCAGUGGACUGUCCGUCCCAACGUCAGGUUCGGUCACCAUCUAUAACCACACCCUUUCAGAAAUGGCUGACUUGGAAGGCAUCAGCAAGCUCACUGGAGUCUGUCCACAAUCCAACGUGCAAUUUGGCUUCCUCACUGUGAAAGAAAAUCUCAGGCUUUUCGCUAAAAUAAAAGGGAUUCAGCCGCAUGAAGUGGAACAAGAGAUACAACAAGUUUUAAGGGACUUGGAGAUGGAAAAUAUUCAAGAUAUUCUUGCUCAAAAUUUAAGUGGUGGACAAAAAAGGAAACUAACUUUUGGGAUUGCCAUUUUAGGAGACCCUCAGGUUUUGCUGUUGGAUGAACCAACUGCUGGGUCAGAUCCUCUUUCAAGGCACCGUGUAUGGAACCUCCUAAAAGAGAGGAAAUCCAAUAGAGUCAUUCUCUUCAGUACGCAGUUCAUGGAUGAGGCUGACAUCCUGGCUGACAGGAAGGUGUUUAUAUCCAAGGGGAGACUGAAGUGUGCAGGCUCUUCUCUAUUCCUGAAGAAGAAAUGGGGCAUUGGCUACCAUUUAAGUUUGCAUCUAAAUGAAAUGUGUGAUCCAGACAGUAUAACAUCACUCGUUAAACAACACAUCCCUGAUGCCAAAUUAAGGGCACAGAGUGAAGAAAAGCUUGUAUAUAUUUUGCCUUUGGAGAGGACAAACAAAUUUCCAGAUCUUUACAGGGACCUUGAUAGAUGCUCUAACCAAGGCAUUGAGAAUUAUGGCGUUUCCAUGACAACUUUGAAUGAAGUGUUCUUGAAAUUAGAAGGAAAAUCAGCUAUUGAUGAAUCAGAGUUACGAAGUAAUAGGAGAAAAGACACAGGAAGCCUUGUUGAGCUGGAACAAGUUUUGUCUUCCUUUAAGGAAACAAAGAAAUCCAUGCGUGGCAUGGCUCUCUGGAGACAACAGCUCUCUGCAGUAGCAAAAGUUCGCUUCCUCAAGUUAAAGAAUGAAAAAAAAACCCUGUUGACCAUAUUAUUGCUUCUUGGUAUCAGCUUUUGCCCUCAGCUUUUAGAGCAUCUAUUCUAUGAGUUAUAUCAAAAAAGUUAUUCUUGGGGACUAGCUCCUGAUAUGUACUUCCUCUCACCGGGACAACUGCCUCAAGCUCCUCUGACCCACUUACUGGUCAUCAAUAAAACAGGGUCAAGUAUUGAUAACUUUAUACAUUCACUGAGGCAACAGAACAUAGCUUUGGAAGUGGAUGCCUUUGGAACCAGAAGUGGCCCAAACGAGCCAUCAUACAAUGGUGCUAUCACUGUGUCAGGUGAUGACAAGGAUCACAGAUUCUCAAUAGCAUGUAAUACCAAAAGGCUGAAUUGCUUUCCUGUCCUCAUGGAUAUCAUCAGCAAUGGGCUACUUGGAAUUCUUAAUUCUUCAGAACGCAUUCAGACUGAUAGAAGCACAUAUUUCGAAGAGCACAUGUCUUAUGAGCAUGGGUACCUGAGUAACUCCUUCUUCUGGAUCCCGGUGGCAGCCUGUUUCACUCCGUACAUUGCGAUGAGCAGCGUCGGUGACUAUAAGAUACAACAAGUUUUAAGGGACUUGGAGAUGGAAAAUAUUCAAGAUAUUCUUGCUCAAAAUUUAAGUGGUGGACAAAAAAGGAAACUAACUUUUGGGAUUGCCAUUUUAGGAGACCCUCAGGUUUUGCUGUUGGAUGAACCAACUGCUGGGUCAGAUCCUCUUUCAAGGCACCGUGUAUGGAACCUCCUAAAAGAGAGGAAAUCCAAUAGAGUCAUUCUCUUCAGUACGCAGUUCAUGGAUGAGGCUGACAUCCUGGCUGAUCUUUACAGGGACCUUGAUAGAUGCUCUAACCAAGGCAUUGAGAAUUAUGGCGUUUCCAUGACAACUUUGAAUGAAGUGUUCUUGAAAUUAGAAGGAAAAUCAGCUAUUGAUGAAUCAGAUGCUGGAAUUUGGGGAGAGUUACGAAGUAAUAGGAGAAAAGACACAGGAAGCCUUGUUGAGCUGGAACAAGUUUUGUCUUCCUUUAAGGAAACAAAGAAAUCCAUGCGUGGCAUGGCUCUCUGGAGACAACAGCUCUCUGCAGUAGCAAAAGUUCGCUUCCUCAAGUUAAAGAAUGAAAAAAAAACCCUGUUGACCAUAUUAUUGCUUCUUGGUAUCAGCUUUUGCCCUCAGCUUUUAGAGCAUCUAUUCUAUGAGUUAUAUCAAAAAAGUUAUUCUUGGGGACUAGCUCCUGAUAUGUACUUCCUCUCACCGGGACAACUGCCUCAAGCUCCUCUGACCCACUUACUGGUCAUCAAUAAAACAGGGUCAAGUAUUGAUAACUUUAUACAUUCACUGAGGCAACAGAACAUAGCUUUGGAAGUGGAUGCCUUUGGAACCAGAAGUGGCCCAAACGAGCCAUCAUACAAUGGUGCUAUCACUGUGUCAGGUGAUGACAAGGAUCACAGAUUCUCAAUAGCAUGUAAUACCAAAAGGCUGAAUUGCUUUCCUGUCCUCAUGGAUAUCAUCAGCAAUGGGCUACUUGGAAUUCUUAAUUCUUCAGAACGCAUUCAGACUGAUAGAAGCACAUAUUUCGAAGAGCACAUGUCUUAUGAGCAUGGGUACCUGAGUAACUCCUUCUUCUGGAUCCCGGUGGCAGCCUGUUUCACUCCGUACAUUGCGAUGAGCAGCGUCGGUGACUAUAAGAGAAAAGCUUACUCCCAGCUACGGAUUUCAGGCCUCUACCCUUCUGCUUACUGGUUUGGCCAGGCACUGGUGGAUAUUCCCCUCUACUUCUUGAUCCUCCUUCUGAUGCAAAUAAUGGAUUAUGUUUUUAGCCCAGAUGAGAUUAUAUAUAUAAUUCAAAACCUGUUAGUUCAGAUCUUGUGUAGUAUUGGAUAUGUCUCAUCUCUGGUUUUCUUGACAUACGUGAUUUCAUUCAUUUUUCGCAAUAGGAGAAAAAAUAGUGGUAUUUGGUCAUUUUUCUUCUUAAUUAUCACCAUCUUCACAAUAGUUGCUACAGAUAUAAAUGAAUAUGGAUUUCUAGGGUUAUUUCUCUGCACUAUAUUAAUACCACCUUUCUCACUGAUUGGUUCUCUGUUCAUUUUCUCUGAGAUUUCUCCUGACUCCGUGGAUUACUUAGGGGCUUCAGAACAUCAAAUCGUGUUCCUGGCACUGCUAAUACCUUACCUUCAUUUUUGCAUAUUCGUUUUUGUUCUCCGGUGUCUGGAAGUGAACUUUAGAAAGAAAUCAAUGAGAAAAGAUCCCGUGUUCAGAAUUUCCCCAAGAAGCAGUGGCAUUUUCCCAAACCCAGAAGAACCCGAAGGAGAGGAUGAAGAUGUUCAGAUAGAAAGAAGGAGAACCACAAAUGCUAGGACCAUUGCAGACUUUGAUGAGAAACCCGUCAUCAUUGCUAGCUGUCUGCGGAAGGAAUACACAGGCAAGAAGAAAGACUGCUUCGCUAAGAGGAAGAAAAAAGUGGCCAUAAGAAAUGUCUCUUUCUGUGUUAAAAAAGGUGAAGUUAUAGGGCUCUUAGGAUACAAUGGAGCUGGUAAAAGUACAACUAUUAAGAUGAUAACUGGAGAUACAAAUCCAACUGCAGGACAGGUGAUUUUGAAAGGGAGCAGUGAGGGGGAUUCCCUCGGGUUCCUGGGAUACUGUCCUCAGGAGAAUGUGCUCUGGCCCAACCUGUCAGUGAGGGAACAUCUGGAGGUCUUCGCCGCCAUCAAAGGGUUGGAGAAAGGGGACACCACAGUCACCAUCACACGGUUGGCGGAUGCGCUCAAGCUGCAGGACCAGCUGAAGCAGCCCGUGAAGGCUUUAUCCGAGGGAAUAAAGAGGAAGCUCUGCUUUGCGCUGAGCAUCCUGGGAAAUCCGUCGGUGGUGCUUCUGGACGAGCCCUCCACCGGCAUGGACCCCGAGGGGCAGCUGCAAAUGUGGCAGGCAAUCCGGGCCACCUUUAGGAACACGGAGAGGGGCGCCCUCUUGACCACCCACUACAUGGCAGAGGCUGAGGCCGUGUGUGACCGCGUGGCCAUCAUGGUGUCUGGAAGGCUGAGGUGUAUUGGUUCCAUACAACACCUGAAAAGCAAAUUUGGGAAAGAUUAUCUGCUCGAGUUGAAGGUGAAGAACCCCGCCCAGGUGGAGCCCCUCCACUGUGAAAUUCUGAGACUUUUCCCCCAGGCUGCUCAGCAGGAAAGGUACUCCUCCCUGAUGGUCUAUAAGUUGCCCGUCAAGGAUGUGUGUCCCUUAUCGCAAGCUUUCUUCAAAUUAGAGAUAGUUAAACAGAGCUUCGACCUGGAGGAGUACAGUCUCUCCCAGUCCACCCUGGAGCAGGUUUUCCUGGAGCUCUCCAAGGAGCAGGAGCUGGAUGACUUUGAUGAAGAACUUGACUCUUCGGUGAAGUGGAAGCUCCUCCCACAGGAAGACCGUUGA